CAUCAAUCAUCCCUCCUGGUGGUAGCGCUAGACGUCGAUUUCCGCCCCUGGCGCUCAUCUCAAAGAUGAGCUUCACAAAUAAAGUGACCAAUCAGGUCAUGCACAACAACCUUCGUUACACUAUAUCACGAAAAUGGGGAGUUCGAAGGGACAUCAAGCGACGAGAAUUGUUUGCCCAAUCCGAAGCCGAAAGGCAAGCCUACUUGUUCAUCGCUCGUAAUACCACUCUCCCAGCCCAGAUCCGAUACAAGGCCCAAUUGAGUCUCAACGCGUUGACUGAUACGCAUGCCUCAUCAACAGAGAUAAGUAAUCGUUGCGUGGAGACGGGCAGAGGUAGAGGGGUGCUUGGAAGAUAUGGUCUUUGUCGAAUAGCUUUCCGUUUGCGCGCUUUAUCCGGAGAUUUACCUGGGGUCACAAAAGCAACUUGGUAAUCGACCGAUUCGAGAAGACGUGUUGUACUGCUAUUGCAUACGCCCUCGUACAAAUAUGUGCCUACACUGGGACCGCAUGUAUGCCCACAAAAAAACGA